GGCUGGGGCCGGGGCAUGGAGCGGUGGGUCGGGGCCGCCGGGGACUGGGGCUCCCUGUGGGGAGUCGCCUGGGGCCGCUGGCCGGGCUGGGAGCUCUUGGUCGCCUGCGCGGUCAUCGGCGCCGUGGGCUGGCUGCUCCGGUUGCUGGAGAGGAGGCCGGGCCGCCGCGGGGCGCCGGCGGCGGCCAUCUCCCCGGCAGCCCUCUCCUCCCCGCCGCCGCUCUCCGCGGGGAGCCGGCGCUGCAGCGGCGGGAGCCGCCCAGUUGAAAUAACAAUGGAUGCAAUAUUAUGCCGAUUGAAGCAGCUCACCCCUGAUGAGCUUAGAGAAGAAAUUGUGAGAGCAGGACUGAAAUGUGGGCCCAUUACCUCGACUACUAGGUUUAUUUUUGAAAAAAAAUUGGCGCAGGCGUUGUUGGAGCAGCAAGGAGCGUUGGAGGAAGAAGGAUCUGCUCUGUCAGAGGAGGCUGCUGGAAACGUCCCAUCUCAUGGCAGGCGGGCAGAAGCACAAAAGGCUUUGAAAACGAUGGCAGUGAAUCACAACGGCCACGGAGGUGUUUCUGAAGAGGCGGACUUUGGAUACUGCGUAGGUCUGAACCCUCCAGAAGAAGAUGCUGUGAUGCACAUGAACUGCUCAGCUCCAGUCUGUGGUGCAGGAUGUGUUGAUUCACAAAUCAGCACUCAGACGCCGUCCAGAGAUCCUCCACUAUUCUAUGGUGUUUGUCCAGUUUAUGAUGACAUAUUGGCAAGGAAUGAGAGAAUACAUGUUUAUGAAGAUAAAAAGGAAGCUCUCCAAGCUGUUAAGAUGAUUAAGGGUUCCCGUUUCAAAGCUUUUACAAACAGAGAGGACGCUGAGAAAUUUGCUAAAGGAAUCUGUGAUUAUUUCCCAUCUCCAAGCAAGUCCUCUUUAUGUUUGUCUCCAGUGAAAAUGGGAUCAUUUAACAGAGAUGGCUUAUGCUCCCCUGAGACUGAAACUGCUAAUAAGGAGAGAGCCAACAGUUACAAAAGUCCACGUACUCAAGAUCUUACUGCUAAACUUCGGAAAGCUGUCGAGAAAGGAGAUACAGCAACAUUUUCAGAACUUAUUUGGAGUAACCCUCGCUAUCUGAUUGGGUCGGGAGACAAUCCGACAGUGGUACAGGAAGGGUGUAGGUACAAUGUCAUGCAUGUUGCUGCCAAGGAGAAUCAGCCUGGAAUCUGCCAGUUAUUACUGGACACUUUGGAAAAUCCGGAAUUUAUGCGGCUUAUGUAUCCAGAUGAUGAUGAUAUAAUGUUGAAGAAUCGCAUCCAAUAUAUUGUUGACCUAUACCUUAAUACACCAGAUAAAAUGGGCUUUGAUACUCCGCUGCAUUUUGCCUGCAAGUUUGGGAAUUUGGACGUUGUUAAAGUGCUCACCUCACACCCAGCUAUUGUAAAAAAACCAAGAAACAAAUACGAUCAAACUCCAGAAGAGGUAGUUUGUGAAAGAAGCAAGAAUAAAUCUGCAGAAUUGAAAGAAAAACUAAGAGAGUACUUGAAAGGUCAAUACUAUGUCCCGCUCUUGAGAGCAGAAGACAAUUCCUCAGCUCCUGUAAUUGGUGCGCCGUGGUCGCCUGAUCAGACAGAUGAUGGUCCCCACAGAACUUUAUCUAAAUACACUGGCAGCCCCAAAGAUCCAGUAUUGUCCAUAAGAGCUUUCGCAGGCCCCAUGAGCCCCUCAAAGGCCGAAGAAUUUCGCAAGCUUUGGAAGACUCCACCUCGAGAGAGAGCUGGCUUCUUUCACAAUGUCAGGAAAUCUGAUCUGGAGAGAGGCGUUGAAAGAGUUGGAAGGGAGUUAGCUCAUGAACUGGGGUUCCCGUGGGUUGAAUACUGGGAAUUUCUGGGCUGUUUUGUUGAUCUGUCUUCCCAGGAGGGGCUGCGAAAAUUAGAAGAGUACCUGAGUCAUCGGGAAAUGAGCGAAAAGGCUCAGCAAGAAACAGGGGAAAAUGAAACCUGCAAUAGAUAUAAAACUCCACAUCCUUCUGGCAGGAGUAAAAAGUGCUGCAAUUCCAUUUCUGUUGGAGCAUUUUUGGAUGAGGAUGAUGAUGACAUGAGCUUAGAAGAAAUUAAAAACAGACAGAACGCAGCACGGAAUAUCAGCCAGCCCGCUGCGUCCAAGGAGCCUAGUAUCGAUGCUAUUGGCGACGCCGAGUGUGAUAUCUUGUCAAUGGGGCGUGCAGGAAACAUCAUAGAAACGUCGGAUCGCCCCAGGCACUACGAAAAGGCGGUUUCUUCCAGCAAAAAUGGGUUUUGCAAUCCAGUGUCUGGUGAAAGGAUAAAGAGUGACAGAAAGCAUUUGCAUGAUGGAGAAGAAUGCCUCGUAUCGCCUGUUUCCAAUUUGCUGUCAGAAUUUGAAAGCCUGUCAUUCCAAGAACAAGAGGUUGCAGGAGAAUCAAAUAAAAUCACUAAAAAAACCGAGAAUGAGCGAAUUCUGGCUGAAGGAGCAAGACCGGUGAGAAUACCCAAGGACCAUCUGGAUAAGACCUGCUAUGCCGUUUCACUGGCAAGUUCUGAGCCCAGUCUUACAGGUAAACCUGGAGAGACCAAGUUAGGGACAGAACACCAAGCACCAUCAGAGAAGGAGAGGAUGUCUGUGGAAUCUGGAAUUCAGACUAAGGAGGCACAACAUCAUCAAGAACGUUCUUCCCCGAAAUUUCUUUUGAAGGCUUCGCCCACAAAUGACAGUUCUAAGAAGUUAUUCCUGCUUGGGGAGCAGCCCUCGAAGCUGGACAGUGAUGUCUUAGCAGCUAUAGAAGGAGUGGAUAUUGAUCCACAGAAAUACCCCAUCAUUUACAAAUGGAAACAUGCAGUGCAGUCGUACUCUUCAUCUGACAGGCAAAGUUGGCCGAGUCCGGCACUGAAGGCAAGAUCCAAGUCCCAAACCAUCGCUGCUGGCCUUCCAAAUGCUUCCACGUAUUCUAAUUCAGGAAGAAAUAGUCCCGUAACAGGGAGUCCAGGGAAGCACGGCGCUGCCGCCUCCUUCUCUCCAGAGCCCGGGAGCCCUGGGCGCUACAGUCCAGCCUGUGUCAACCAAGCUCUGUUAAAACUGCGUUAUUUUUCGGAGCCUUCUGCCCACUAAAAUACGAUUCAUCUUCCUGAGACUGCAAUUAUAUUUUCAUGGAUAGAGCGGAGGAAAAAAACCCAACCUACAAUGUUACUGAAGUGACAUGCGGUUUGUACUUGGCUAUUUAUUUUUCCUCAAUUGAGGACACCUGUAUGUUUAAAAAAAAAAAAAAAAUUGAGUAUCCGUCUUUAGGCCAUAUACGAGAUAGAUUGCCGGUGAUACGCAAGAAGUUAGUGGCAGUCAGUGCAGUUGUCCAGUAGCUAUGAAUUAACCCUCGUGCCAGUAAAGCAGUGAGCUGAACCUUUACUUAGGAAGGGUGGUAGUUCGCCAUCACCCGUCGUCGUCGUCAUGAACCCGUUCGCCCUCAGCUGCGUUUCUUUUGCUUGGGUCGCCUGGAGGACGCGCAUCCUCAGUAAAGAGCACUUGUAUGGAAGCAACGGCAGGAGGUUAAACGUCCUUCCGUGCGCAGGGCGAUGCUCGGGGAAGCCUAAAGCACCGCCGGGGUCACGACAGCCUUCCGGGCCGGGCAGGAGCGUGAAACCCUGUGCGUGAACAGCCAGUGAGCGCCUGAACCAGCAGCGGCGGGGGCUGGAGGGGUGACACUCACGCACUGCUGCCGCUGUGGGUGUGUCUGCGCGCAGAAAACCUUGAGUCUCUGCUUGUUCUGCGGCUGGUAAAAACACCGUGAUACACUUGAGUGUUUUAGUAAAGGGGCACUAUAGAAAUUAGUGGUAUUUCUUUAAAUGUUAGUUUGAAGAUUAAAAAAAUAUAUAGAGAGAUAUAUAAAAAUCAGCUGGUUUUUUCCCCACAGAAGCUUUUAACAUUAGCAGAUUUUAACAGUUACUACACAAAAGCACAUCAGCAAUAAUUUCAGCAGAUUUACCAGCACGACACCUUCACGGUCUGGUUUGUUACAGAUGGGAGCGGUAGCCAGUGACCCAGGAGGUGGCUCCUGAUUUCCCGACUGCAAAGAGAGAGGAGUAAGGACUGAAAAUAUUUUUAUUGAAAUCUAAGCUUUUACUACAUCUCUAGUCUUGAUGUGGUAAUGAGGUUUGGUUACAGCAGUCAGUGAUUUGAUUCUUUCACUUCUGGAAGAAUGACUUGUUUCGACAGAACGAGGCUGGGAUUGAAGGAUGCUUUUCAAAACACAAGACAAUUUUCCCAGAUCAAGCUUAAAGGUUGUAAUGGUGCUUGAAAGAAAGCUUCCAGAAAGAGCGGUCUCUAGUGCCGCCAGCUCUCUAGGUGGAAAAAAAAAGACACGCCUAUCGUUACACGUAAAUCCGAUCAGAAAAUUAAAAUCUGCCGAGGCUGUGCUGGUGAAAAAGGGCUGGGUUUGGCGUCGCUGGUGCCACACAGUGCGGGAGAGCGCGCGGCACCGCCUCGGCCGGCUGUGAGCGAGGUGUAGGGCCACCGGCACGCCAGGUGCGGGCGGGGCGGGGCAGUGCGGGUCCAGAGCCUGGGCUUGGGGUCCAGCGCCUGGGGGGGUCGAGGGCUGCUGCCGGCCCCGGGUGGCUGGUCUGCACACGAAGCGCAAACCCGCCAGGAGGUUCAGGAUUUGGUACAGACCUAAAACACUGCACUUAAUGCUUUCGCAAGCUUAAUAGUGCCUUUUGUAACAUAUAUUUUAUUUUUUAAUUAAAGUCUUGUUGUUUUAGAAGUUUUAAAAAAAAAAAAAAAAAAAAAAGUGGCAUCCACUUACUAUGGGCACAUAAACUAGAGUUGUUUUGGGUUUUUCCUUCUGGCCCUUGUGAACAGAACGGAUUUUAAUGUCCCUCUCCAAGGUGAUUACCUGGCGCGCGAGCGCUCGCUCUGGGAGCGCAGCCCUGUUUUCGAACUUAUUUUUAAGAAAAGGCUUAUUUAGCUUGCGCUUUAUACUGCGCCCUGCGUCCCAUGCGCUAGCCAUUAGAACGCACUAACACCCAACUGACGGGCGGCGAAGGCGCUGGGGCAGGCAGGGGCUGCGCUUGUUAAGAGGCAUUUUUUAAAAAAAACACAGAAACACACCAAAAACCCCACCCACAACCUGCUCCGUUACCAAGCACAUUAACUGACUUUUUCCUGAGGGUUAUUUGUCACUCAGUUUUUGCCGCAGCAGCCUCCUGCUCGCAAACUGCUUUUUUUUUUUAAGGUCCGUGAUUCCUACAGUUUUUUUGGGGGGGGGUGGGGGGUGUUUAGUUUUGGUUAUUUUAAUAAUUUAAUGUAAACCAUGUCUCUCCUUCUGGGGGUAUUACGCCAAUGAUGGUUACUUGCCUAAUAACCAUGUUAAUGCCCAUUCCCAGUAGCAAGUUGCCGCUGCUGUUCGCCGCCCUCCUCGUCCCGGCGCUGCCGUAUGGCGCCGGAGCCCUUUUGGUCAGGGCCGGGCACCAACGCGCUCGUUUGUCUUCCUUUUACCUUUGUUGUUAUGCUUUGCUUUCUUUUUUUUUAAUAUUUAAAUGAAUAUUACUGGUGUCUACAUGUAGGAUAGACACCCCACCCCCCCUUUCACUUUGUAAUUUUGUUGUGGGUUGGUCAAGCAACUUCUUUUUUUUUUUAACUGUGUUCUAUACUGUGCAUUGUCCAGUUGUACUGCAGCAAGGGGGGAUUUUUCUAACACCAUAUUUACUUCAGCUAUUAAAAAAAAUAAUUGCAAUUUAUGUAGCAAUUUGAUCAUUCGUGGUUGUGAUGAAAGACACGUUAAAUCAGAUUGAUACUGCAUGAAUUGUGGUUUCCUGGCCAAAAUUCACUCUUAAAGGUGCAAAAGAUUAUUUGUGGGAUUGGUUUUGUGGUUUGUUUUUUUUUUUAAAUUAGCCAAGAAUCAUGUUAAAACUCCGGCCUUACCCUGCUUUCUGUUAAACAAUAAACAAGUAGCUGAAAGCGUCA